UCCCUCAAAAAGGGCUAACACAAAGCAAUGGAGUAUCACAAACUCAGUGCAAAACCAUGCAGCUCUUACUUAUUCUUUCACAUUCUUUUCUUUGCUUUCCUUGCAUCCUUUGCAGAUGCAGCAGUUCACUUCCAUGAAUUUGUUAUUGAAGCAAAACCAGUGAAGAGGCUGUGCAGAACUCACAGUACGAUUACAGUGAACGGACAAUUCCCGGGGCCGACGUUGGAAGUGCGAGACGGGGACACUCUGGUAAUCAAAGCUAUAAACAGAGGCAGAUACAAUGUCACCCUCCACUGGCAUGGAGUGCGACAAUUGCGAAAUCCAUGGGCCGAUGGACCCGAGUUUGUGACGCAGUGUCCCAUCCGACCAGGGCAGUCUUACACAUACCAAUUCACCAUCCAAAACCAGGAGGGGACUUUGUGGUGGCAUGCUCAUAGCAGGUGGCUUAGAGCCACAGUUUAUGGAGCUCUCAUCAUAUAUCCUAAAUUGGGUUCUCCAUACCCUUUCCCUAUGCCCAAGAGAGAAAUUCCUAUUCUUCUUGGAGAAUGGUGGGAUAGGGAUCCAAUGGAUGUUCUAAGGUUGGCACUUUUCACUGGAGCUGCUCCAAAUGUAUCAGAUGCAUUGACAAUUAAUGGUCAACCAGGGGAUUUAUAUAGAUGCUCUAGCAAAGAAACAGCGAUAUUUCCCGUGGAGGCGGGCGAGACGAUUCUCUUGAGGAUCAUCAACUCUGCUAUGAAUCAAGAGAUGUUCUUUGGUGUGGCUAACCAUAAACUAACUGUUGUUUCUGUUGAUGCUGCCUACACCAAGCCAUUCGCGACAAAUGUCAUAAUGAUAGCUCCUGGCCAGACAACCGAUGUCCUUCUUACGGUGGACCAGACUCCGGCUCGUUACUACAUGGCAGCACAUGCCUACAACACCGCCAAUGCGCCCUUUGACAAUACCACCACGACUGCAAUCCUUGAAUAUAAAUCCGCUCCGUGCAGUGCAAAGAAAGGGCAGUCUUUAAAACCAAUAUUCCCUCAGCUACCGGGGUUCAACGACACAGCUACUGCGACUGCAUUCACUUCACAGCUAAGGAGUCUUUCCAAAGCCAAAGUUCCCCUUGAGAUAGAUGAGAGCUUGUUUUUCACAGUGGGUUUAGGACUAAUCAACUGCACAAAUCCAAAUAGCCCUCGGUGCCAAGGCCCCAACGGAACUCGCUUUGCUGCCAGCAUCAACAAUGUCUCAUUCGUAUUACCAAGAAGGAACUCCUUAAUGCAGGCCUACUACCAAGGUCAGCCCGGUAUCUUCACCACCGACUUUCCACCUUUUCCUCCCAUUCAAUUCGAUUAUUCAGGUAAUGUGCCCCGAGGUCUAUGGCAACCUGUUAAGGCAACAAAGCUCCUGAAACUGAAGUACCGUUCCAAGGUACAAAUAGUUUUCCAGGAUACAAAUAUCGUCACAGUUGAAGAUCACCCUAUGCAUCUUCAUGGCUACCAAUUCUAUGUUGUCGGAAGUGGUUUUGGAAACUUUGAUCCCAAAAACGAUCCAGCCAAAUUCAACCUUAUCGAUCCGCCAGAGAGAAAUACCAUUGGAACACCUCCUGGUGGAUGGGUAGCCAUCCGGUUCGAGGCUGACAACCCAGGAAUCUGGCUGCUCCAUUGUCAUAUAGACAGUCAUCUCCCUUGGGGUUUGGCCACAGCAUUGCUAGUUGAGAACGGGAUUGGGAAAUUGCAGACAGUGCAGCCUCCCCCACUCGAUCUGCCACGAUGUUAAGCAUCGAGUAUUACCCCCUCCGGCUUCAGCCAUUUACUCGAUACCUGGAUUUGGUUUCAAGGAUUUUAUGGGUUUGUAUGCUUUGAUGUUGUAUGUUCUAAUUGUACUAUUGCUAAUCAGCUUACUAUUUGCCAUGAUCAAUGUUGUGUUCC